AUUCAGAGUGUCUUCACACCAGCAGGGACACUGUUCACCCACUGAGAGACACUCACCAUGGCUUCAGCACUGAAUUGCACACACUUUUUGUUGUGUUUUAUUUAUUUAUCGUUACUGUUUGCCACCGUAUUUUGCGACACUGAUGAAGAAGAAGAUGAGCAUGCCAAGCACUCGUACACGGUGGAAAUGUUCAACGAGGCGGUGCCCACUGCACCCCACUUUGUCAUGUUUUAUGCCCCAUGGUGUGGCCAUUGCCAGAGGUUACAACCUGCUUGGAAUGAACUAGCAGACAAGUACAACGGCAUGGAUGACCCACCCGUGUAUGUGGUUAAAGUUGACUGCGUGCAGGACACAAAGUUUUGCUCUAUUAACCACGGGGUUAGGGGCUACCCCACGCUGAAGUUGUUCAGGCCAGACCAGGAGGCAGUUAAGUACCAGGGUUCCAGAGACCUCCAGUCUCUGGAGACCUGGAUGCUCAAGACACUCCAGGAGGAGCCUUCAGAACCUGAGAGUGAACAGGAGCCUCCUAAAGCCCCUGAGCCCAAACAGGGCAUGUAUGAGCUGACUGUGCCCACAUUUAAGGCCCACAUAGCUAAAGGGGCCCAUUUUAUUAAAUUCUUUGCCCCAUGGUGCGGUCACUGCAAAGCCAUGGCCCCAACCUGGGAACAGCUGGCCACCACCUUUGAGCACUCUGAUGAUGUCAAGAUAGGAAAGGUUGACUGUACACAGCACUAUGAGGUGUGCUCUGAUAAUGGCGUACGGGGAUAUCCCACACUCCUCUUCUUCAACAAUGGACAGAAGACUGAACAGUACAAAGGAAAACGAGACCUGGACUCUUUCAAAGACUUUGUGGACAACCAGGUGAAGGCUGCAGCCACUGAGGAGGAGGAACCGAGCGAUGAACAAAAACCCAAUGAGAUCCCCACUGAAGAGCCAGCCAAAGAAGAGUCGAGUGUGUUGACCCUGACAGAAAGCAACUUUGAUGCAGCCGUAGCUAAAGGCUUUACCUUUAUCAAGUUCUACGCUCCAUGGUGUGGACACUGUAAAAACCUCGUUCCGACAUGGGACGACCUCUCUAAGAAGGAGUUUCCCGGCCUCACUGAUGUCAAGAUCGCCAAAGUGGACUGCACUGUUGAGCGCACACUCUGCAACAAGUACUCUGUUCGAGGCUACCCAACCUUGAUCAUCUUCAGGGCCGGGGUGCAGGGUGACGAGCAUCAUGGAGGACGGGACCUGGAGAGUCUGCACGGCUUUGUGAUGAAGCAGGCCAGAGACGAGCUGUAGAAGUGGUCAAAAACACGGCUCGAAUCUCCACCACUUUGUUCGCCCACACUGCGCAACUGGCCAGUAGGACCCCACUCUCUCUCCUACAGUAGCCAAACCUCUCUCUAUAUCUCUCCACUCGGGUUCUCUUCACGAAGGAGCCAGUGACAGACUGCUGCAGUCUGAUCUUUCUCUGGUGUUUAAGGACAAAAUGGUUCAGUAGAAGGUUUUGGAUGGGAAUGUAUUUCUUAUGCAGUUGAGCAACCCAGGCUUUUGUUUGGAUCUGUAAAUGAAGUGAUAUGUCUGACAACCACUUUGAAAGCACUGCUAAAACAAUCAGAUCUGGAAUUCCUCACACUUGUGUUUCUUAUUAAAAGGGUUGACAUUAGAGGACAGCGUCUGCUGUUAACAAUGAUUUGUUUCUGAUGAACUUCUGUAGCCAUUUCACUCCUUUUAAACUCUAUAUUUUUUACAUGGGAUCUGUUGUUUAAUCGUAAGCCAUUUGUGUUUCGGUACUGUGAUUUUGUGAGCCAAAUGUGAGUGUUAAGUUGAGGGUACUUUUUAUCCAUGUCAGCAACAGUCUGUCUGACUUAACUCUCAGGGAAUUGCCCUCCCAGAUCAUUGUCAUCACAGGAGUCUGAAAGUGGACACGACUAUUUUCUCUUGAUGAAGAAGAUUUUCAGCUUUUUUGAAAUAAAAAAAAAACUAAACAUCACAA